AUGGUAUCAAAUCAUAAUACAAUAAAUAAUAUUGAUAAUAAUAUAAAAUGUACACUUCACCCAAAUAAAGAUAUAGUAUUCUUUUGUUUAGAUUGUAAAUUAAUACCAUGUUGUAUUCAAUGUACAUCAAGUAAAGGUGAACAUCAUGGUCAUAAAACUGAUCCCUUAGAAUCAACUUCAAAUAUUCUUUCAUUAAUGAAUAAUUUUAAAAAUGAUAUAUAUCAAAAAGUAAUUGAAAGAAUAGAAAUCAAUGAAACAAUAUUACAAGAAUCAAAUGAUAAAUACAAUGAAAUUCAAUCACAAUUUGAUAUUAAUAAUAAUUCAUUAAAAAAAGAAAUUAAAAAAAUUCAUGAUAUCAUUUCAAUCAUAGAAUUAGAUAUUAAAAAACAAUUAGAAACAACCUUUGAAAAUAAUACAUUAAUAAAUACAAUUAUAACUUCUUCAAUCAAUAAUGAUAAUCAAAUACUUUCAACUAUAAUUAAUAAUAAUAAUGAAAAUGAAAAUGAUAGAACUACAACUAUUGAAAAAUUAAAUGAAAUUAUAAAAUUUAAUGAUCAACAAAUUUAUGAUAAUGGAGAAGAUUUUAUUAUUGAUAGAGAUACAAUUAAAAUUAUUAAACAAUAUCAACAAUCAUUAAUAGUAUUAAAUAAUAAUAAUAAUAUCAAUAAUUCAAAUAAAUUAAAUGAAAACGAUAAUCAAAUCAUUCAUUUCCAUAAUCAAAUAAUUGAUGAUAUUAAAAAUAAUUUAAAAUCAAUUUAUUUCUUAAAUAAUUGUAGAUUUAUAAUUGAAAUCGAUGAAAAUAAUAAUAAAUUUUUUAAAUGGGAUAAUUUAAAGUUUUAUGUUUAUAUAGAGGGUAAUUCAUUUAAAUUUAAGGAGAAUGAAGGUACAGCAUUCAAAAACAAUUGUAAUAUUUUAUCAAAAUUAAAAAAUCAAUUACCAUCAACUGUAAUGCUAUUGGAUGGAUUCAAUCAAAAAUUAACACCUGGUAUAUUACCAGAUGGCGUUGAAUCCUUGUAUUUAGGUGAUAUUAAACAAGAAUUAAUAAUUGGUUCAAUUCCUAAUACUGUAAUCCAUGUCUCUUUAUUGGAUGGAUUCAAUCAAAUAUUAACACCAUGCAUAUUACCAGAUAGUAUUAAAUCCUUGUAUUUAGGUGAUAUUAAACAAGAACUAAUGAUUGGUUCAAUUCCUAAUACUGUAAUCCAUAUCUCUUUAUUGGAUAGAUUCAAUCAAAAAUUAACACCAGGUAUAUUGCCAUAUUGUGUUAAAUCCUUGUAUUUAGGUGAUAUUAAACAAGAAUUAAUAAUUGGUUCAAUUCCUGAUACUGUAACUCAUGUAUCUUUAAAAGAUGAAUUCAAUCAAAAAUUAACACCAGGUAUAUUACCAGAUAGUAUUAAAUUGUUGGAUUUAGGCGAUAUUAAACAAGAAUUAAUAAUUGGUUCAAUUCCUAAUACUGUAACUCAUAUCUCUUUAUUGGAUAGAUUCAAUCAAAAAUUAACCCCAGGUAUAUUACCAGAUAGUAUUAAAUUGUUGGAUUUAUGUGAUAUUAAACAAGAAUUAAUGAUUGGUUCAAUUCCUAAUACUGUAAUCCAUGUCUCUUUAAAAGAUGGAUUCAAUCAAAAAUUAACACCAGGUAUAUUACCAGAUGGUGUUAAAUCCUUGUAUUUAGGUGAUAUUAAACAAGAAUUAAUAAUUGGUUCAAUUCCUAAUACUGUAACUCUUGUCUCUUUAAAAGAUGGAUUCAAUCAAAAAUUAACACCAGGUAUAUUACCAGAUAGUGUUGAAUGGUUGUAUUUAGGUGAUAUUAAUCAAGAAAUAAUGAUUGGUUCAAUUCCUAAUACUGUAACUCGUGUAUCUUUAAAAGAUGAAUUCAAUCAAAAAUUAACACCAGGUAUAUUACCAGAUAGUAUUAAAUUGUUGGAUUUAGGCGAUAUUAAACAAGAAUUAAUAAUUGGUUCAAUUCCUAAUACUGUAACUCGUGUCUCUUUAAAAGAUGGAUUCAAUCAAAAAUUAACACCAUGUAUAUUACCAGAUAGUGUUAAAUUGUUGCAUUUAGGUGAUAUUAAACAAGAAUUAAUGAUUGGUUCAAUUCCUAAUACUGUAACUCAUAUCUCUUUAUUGGAUAGAUUCAAUCAAAAAUUAACACCAGGUAUUUUACCAGAUAGUGUUGAAUGGUUGUAUUUAGGUGAUAUUAAACAAGAAAUAAUGAUUGGUUCAAUUCCUAAUACUGUAACUCGUGUCACUUUAAAAGAUGGAUUCAAUCAAAAAUUAACACCAGGUAUAUUACCAGAUAGUAUUAAAUUGUUGGAUUUAGGUGAUAUUAAACAAGAAUUAAUUAUUGGAUCAAUUCCUAAUACUGUAACUCUUGUCUCUUUAAAAGAUGGAUUCAAUCAAAAAUUAACACCAGGUAUAUUACCAGAUAGUGUUAAAUUGUUGUAUUUAGGUGAUAUUAAACAAGAAUUAAUGAUUGGUUCAAUUCCUAAUACUGUAACUCUUGUCUCUUUAGAAGAUGGAUUCAAUCAAAUAUUAACACCAGGUAUUUUACCAGAAAGUGUUGGAUUGUUGUAUUUAGGUGAUAUUAAACAAGAAUUAAUAAUUGGUUCAAUUCCUAAUACUGUAACGAGUGUCUCUUUAAAAGAUGGAUUCAAUCAAAAAUUAACACCACGUAUAUUACCAGAAAGUGUUGGAUUGUUGUAUUUAGGCGAUAUUAAACAAGAAUUAAUAAUUGGUUCAAUUCCUAAUACUGUAACGAAUGUCUCGUUAGAAGAUAGGUUCAAUCAAAAAUUAACACCAGGUAUUCUACCAGAAGGUGUUGAAUCGUUGUAUUUAGGUGAUAUUAAACAAGAAUUAAUGAUUGGUUCAAUUCCUAAUACUGUAACUCAUGUCUCUUUAGAAGAUGGAUUUAAUCAAAAAUUAACACCAGGUAUUCUACCAGAUAGUGUUGAAUCGUUGGAUUUAGGUGAUAUUAAACAAGAAUUAAUAAUUGGUUCAAUUCCUAAUACUGUAAAGAGUGUCACUUUAGAAGAUGGAUUCAAUCAAAAAUUAACACCAGGUAUAUUACCAGAUGGUGUUGAAUCGUUGAAUUUAGGCGAUAUUAAACAAGAAUUAAUAAUUGGUUCAAUUCCUAAUACUGUAAAGGAAGUAAAUGUUUCCACAAGUUUUAAACAUCAAAUUGAACCUUAUGUUUCAAAAAAUGUAAAAAUAAUUAAAUAG